CUCCGUAAGGCCAGAUUCCUCUUCCAGCGCGGGUUGGUCAGCCAGGCAGAGCCCCAGCCAGGGCCUGUCAGGUACCGAGGGAGAGCGGAAAUGUAGCCAGGAGACAGCAGUGCGCAUAGUCACCUGUCUUUCAAUGUCAGCCUGGUUGCUCCUAGAUGUACCUACCUUGCUCCCUCUCAGACCAAAGACUCCGCGGGCCUUUGGGCUCCUUUCACAGGCUCCAAGAGGAGCCUGGACGCUACCGGCAGGCUGAAAUUUUGGCAGCCAGUCUCCGGAGUGGGAUCGGAGCUGCGCAAGUGGGUAUUUUGGAAAUAUUUGCUGUGUCUCAGGGGAUUGUAGGAAUACGAGGAGUUUUCAGCAACAAAUUUUUAGCGAUGUCAAAAAAAGGAAAACUCCAUGCAAGUGCCAAGUUCACAGAUGACUGCAAGUUCAGGGAGCGUUUUCAAGAAAACAGCUAUAAUACUUAUGCCUCAGCAAUACACAGAACUGAAAAAACAGGGCGGGAGUGGUACGUGGCCCUGAAUAAAAGAGGAAAAGCCAAACGAGGGUGCAGCCCCCGGGUGAAACCCCAGCACAUCUCUACCCAUUUUCUGCCAAGAUUCAAGCAUUCGGAGCAGCCAGAACUCUCUUUCACGGUUACUGUUCCUGAAAAAAAAAAGCCACCUAGCCCUAUCAAGCCAAAGGUUCCCCUUUCUGCACCUCGGAAAACUCCCAACACAGUGAAAUACAGACUCAAGUUUCGCUUUGGAUAAUAUUUCUCUUGGCCUUGUGAGAAAUCAUUCUUUCCCCUCAGGAGUUUCUAUAGGUGUCUUCAGAGUUCUGAAGAAACGUUUUUGGACACAGCUUUGGCAAUACUUACACUGUGUUGAAGUCACAUCAUUUGUUUCAGUGUGACUGAAACAAAACGUAUUUUGAUAGGAAGAAAACUGGAAUUCUUUGUACCAAUACAGGGAGCACGCUGCUUCAGUUCAGCAAGACCUAAAGCCUUUUGCUUUAUGCUUAAGGGAUAUUUAGAACUUUGUAUUUUUGGAAAGUUAAAUAACAUGGGCUAUUUUUUUUCUGACUUUUACAGAUCAACCUGAAAGAACAUACAUGAUACAUUUUUUAUUUUUGGUUUCCAAAGAAUAUUUUGAUGCAGAUAAAAUAUUUUGUGAACUUUUGUUUUUUGUUUUGUUUGUUUCCUUAAAAGUACCUCUGCAUUGAGCGUUAUUUUCUUACUUUUAUUAUUUUAAUUAAUAUGACAUAAGCAUCAUUUUAUGCUGUUUAUGAAUUAUAAAUGUGUUUAUAGCUCAUUUGUAAUGUGGAAAUCUUUUACAUUUUUCCUAUUCACUGCACUUUUUAAUUAUUUUUUCUAGCCAUACCUCAGAUAAUAUAUUUACUUUUACAUUUUAAUAUGUUUAAAUUCUUUUUUCAUGGCACCAAAGGCUCAGCUUGGAUUUGUGUGUAUGUGUAUGUAAAUUCAUGACAUUAUGUGGAAUCCUACACCUUUGGUGGCUGGAAUAUGAUGGGUUAGAAGCAAGGAUAAAAUGUAAGGACAUUUUGAUGGAAUUAAAUUAGGGAGGUAAGGAAAAGGAUUUAGAGGCAAAAGUAUAUUAAGUUUGCAACAUUUAUUGAGAUCUAAGUCUGUCUUGCCUUCAUUUCCCUUUUUAUAUACCCCUUGCCCUCAUUCUUGAACAGCUGGAGGAAUAAACUUUAUUCUGUCCAUCAA